UUGUCAAUACAACUUCCUACUCUUUCUUCCCCCUUUUCUUUUUCUUUCACCGUCUGCAUCCAUAAAGACCCCCUUUGCUUCAAUGUCUGACUUGAACCAUGACAAUAACUCUGAGGGCUCUCAAGAUGAAAGCAGCCAACAGUCAGAAUCAAAUUCCAGGACGGAUAUGAAGUUUUCGGAUGACGAAAAAGACCUCAUAGCAAGAAUGUACAAUCUUCUCGGUGAAAGGUGGUCUCUUAUUGCUGGGAGGAUUCCUGGUAGAAGUGCUGAGGAAAUUGAGAAGUAUUGGACCACAAAGUGCUCAAGAUCACAAUCAUGAUUUUCCUUUUUUUCACUUGGGCUUCAUAGAUUGUUUCAUUUUUUUUGAAUUUGUAAGGGUAUGGAUCAAAUUACAUAGGAUGUGAUGUAAAAUAUGGGUGUUUUGAUAUCUGGGGCAGGUGAGUUUUAAGUUUUUUUUGGGUAAUUCAAUGGGGAAGACAUGCCCCUAACCCCUUUUUUUUUCAAUAGAUUAGGAGUUCGAUUUUUGAAAGUGUUAGUGAGGUGGUGUUAGUGGUAGGAUUAGAGACUACAAUGUGGUGACUAUGUAUAGGGAUGCUACAUGUUAGUUAUUACAAGCUGGUGUGGUCCAUAAGUCCCAAAACUAAGGGGCUGGCCCUUGUUAAUUAGGAUUGUAUCAAAGGAAACAUUUAUAUAAGGUUGCAACCUUAGAAUGUA